AUUACAGGAUCCUGAUGCAUCAUGACAUGACUAGUGUCCAGUACGCCACUUACGCCAGUGUUUACAAGUGGGGCUUAUGCUAGAUAUCCAGAAUUUUGAUAUGGUGGGCUCCAUUGUGGAUGGGGAUGCCUUAAGUUCUUACAGAUUGGAAGAAAUGCAACAACUGUUUGGGAAAAAAAGGCUAUAAAAGGCUAAAGAUUGGAAGGCUAGGAUCUUUUGAUGUGAAGAUUUUGAGGCCUCUUCCUUGCACUGUACGGCCCAUCAAGUCAGUGGUCUGGAUCACAGAAACAUGGAUCUAACUUGUACAGACAGUCGCAUCUGGACAUUAUGGAUGUCAUGAUGCAUCAGGAUCUGCUUGGUUUCAAUUCUCCAUACUUUGCAAGGAUUGAUUACCAGGACAGGGCAAAGCCUAAGGUGGAUAAAUCACUUGAAGUUAUAUGGCGUGGGUCAAAGACUUUUGGUUCUUCUUCUCAGAUUUUCACAAGUGCCUUUCCUGUUCAUUAUAGUCCUCCAAAUGGUUUCCAUUUUGAAGUCAAUGAUGAAUCUUCACCUAUACAGGAUGAUCCUCGUCUAUAUGACUACAAUGUUGAACAAUGCAUAAAUGAUUUCAUUGAUGCGGCUAGGACUCAAGAAAAUGUGACACGUACAAAUCACAUCAUGUGGACAAUGGGUGAUGAUCUUUAGUACCAAUAUGCUGACUCUUGGUUCAAACAAA